AAUGAAAAAUAAGAAUUUUAAAAAAUAAAAUAAAUAAAUGAGAGAGAGAGAGCGCUUUCGAGGGAGAGAGAAUCGCUUGAUUUAUAAGCCAUUCAAAAUCGAAGCAAAAGAGAGUCUAUUUAUCGAAGGAAAACAGAAUUUCUUUCUGUCUUUCUUCGUUUGAACAUAACAGAGAAAGAGCCACAGCCAUGGCUGACUCCAACGAUUCCAUUCCUUUUGUUGCUGAAAAGAUAUAUCUUGGUGGAAAGGAACAUCGUGUACCAACGCGCUAUGGUUCUGUGUCUGUUAUAGUAUAUGGGGAUCAAGACAAGCCAGCACUAAUCACGUAUCCUGAUUUGGCAUUGAACCAUAUGUCUUGUUUCCAAGGAUUGUUCUUUUGUCCAGAAGCUGCCUCCUUGCUGCUGCACAACUUCUGCAUUUACCAUAUUAGUCCUCCUGGUCAUGAGUUGGGAGCUGCUCCAAUUUGUGAAAGUACUUCUCCGCAUUCUGUCAACGACUUGGCUGAUCAGAUCCUUGAGGUUCUCAACUUUUUCGGGCUAGGUGCAGUGAUGUGCAUGGGAGUAACAGCGGGUGCUUACAUUCUUACUCUAUUUGCCAUGAAAUACAGAGUACGAGUACUUGGUUUGAUACUUGUAUCCCCUCUAUGCAGAGCACCUUCUUGGACUGAAUGGUUCUAUAACAAGGUGAUGUCAAAUUUGUUGUACUUUUACGGAAUGUGUGGACUGCUGAAAGAGUUUUUACUUCAACGUUACUUUAGCAAGGAAGCUCGUGGUACUGCUGAAAUUCCCGAGUCGGAUAUAGUCCAAGCAUGCCGAAGACUGUUGGACGAGAGAGAUGCAUCGAAUGUGAGGCGGUUUCUUGAAGCAAUUAAUGGAAGACCCGAUCAUUCCAGUGGGCUGAAGAAUCUAAGAUGUCGUACCUUAAUAUUCGUCGGGGACAGCUCGCCUUUUCACUCCGAGGCCCUCUACAUGACAUCCAAGUUGGAUAGAAGAUUUAGUGCCUUAGUCGAGGUCCAGGCUUGUGGAUCAAUGGUGACCGAAGAACAGCCGCAUGCAAUGCUGAUACCGAUGGAAUACUUCUUCAUGCGAUACGGGUUGUACAGGCCAUGCCAACUAACUGGUAGCCCGAAGAGUCCAUUAAGUCCAUCUUGCAUCUCGCCAGAGCUUCUCUCUCCCGAAAGCAUGGGCUUGAAGCUAAAACCGAUAAAGACCCGUGCGUCGCUCAAAGUUUGACGGCGGAUGAGAUUCCUUCCAUUACUCGUUUGGGGGGAGGGGGGUUUGUUUCAGUCGUCUGAAAAUGAAAACCUACAAGGGUAGAGAAGCACAGUUUGUGGGAGGGUUCGGCUUUGUAGAUACAGAAGCAAGAACUUAAAAGAAUAUAAUGGGUUAACAUGGUUUCAUUCUUUUGUAGCAACCAAUAAUGGAUAUCCAUCCCUUGAA